UGGAGCAGUCUAAAAGACACAAUGCAGAUUAUAAUGUACAUUCUUUGCAGUUUAUUUGGAUUUCUUUUAGUGAAAGGCAACGGUAGUAUUUUUGCUCGACCCAAAGGUGGUUUUAAACUUUACACUUUUAACUGUUUAUGUAGAUUUUUGUCAAUGUUUUUAUUUCCAGAUUCUAUUCUUUAUCAUUGAAUCACCCUGUUGUUUUUUGUUAAAGAAAAUGUUGGCAGGAAUGAUAAGUUGGAAGUGUACUGGGAAAGGAACGAGGGCAGACUGAAAGGAAGAAAACCUUUGAGAGUUAAUGUAGUCCUUUAUCUUUUCUCUCUUUCAGUGUAAAACGCUCACUUUCUCUGCCUGGAUCACCUUAUACCACUCUCAGGUUCAGCCUAUCAGCACCUUUUUGUGUGGAGCUCCUGUUACCCCACCCCACCCUUGGGAAGAUGGCAUUAUACUGUAUUUGGAAGGGUAACAGAGCUCCCUCUAUCUCCCUGAGACAUGCCACUGACCUGUAAUUAAGUCCCAUUGUACCAUUCAGAGGAAACUCCUCACCAAAACGGACACAGGGCAAUGUGUGUGGAUUUCCAACAGCUCAGAUACCGCCGUGACUAAUGCUCCACCACACAAGCUGGGUUUAUCAAAAUGGACCACAUGCAGCACACAUUAGGGCUCCUGCAUUUCCCCUGUCCAGAGAACUCAAAGCUAUGUUGAUUGAUAAUGAGAUACAAUCCACACUGUCCAUCUCUCAUUAGUGAGCCUUUGCUGGCUGUAUUCUCUCUCUUUCUCUGCUUCAGCCGACCCCCCCACCACCUCUCAACCCGGUCGCCUUCCCCACCAUUCAACCCCAUUGAUCAUGCAUGCAGAAAUUUAACACACCCCUUAAUUCCUGUCCAAAUAGCCCCUGUCCCACUUCCAGAGCUUCAUUGGCUCAUCUGCAGAGGGUGGGGUAGUAACUAACUACAUUUACUCAAGUAUUUCAGAACAAGUUUGAUGUACUUUACUUGAGUGUUUCCAUGUUAUGGAACUCUAAACUUCUACUUCACUAAGAUUCAUAGGCAUAUAUUGUACUUUUUACUCUAUUACAUGUAUUUAUUAACUUUAAUGACUUGGAAGAUACAGAUUAAUGAUGCCAAACAUAAUCCGAAAAUAAUGUAUCAUGAAUCAUCCUAGGAUAAAUUACACUUUAUUGCCUUGGUGACAUAGCAAUAAGACAAUUCCUCCUUUACCAGCUGCAAAAUUAAAGUGAGAAACACAUUAAUGCUUCCAUAAUUGUAUUUCAAUAAUAUAACACAUAAUAUUUAAAAAUAGGCCAUUGCGUAGAAUGAGUAUUUUUCUUUUGCAAUUGCAGUUUGAUCCUUAUACUUGCGUUUUUGCUUAAGUAAGGUUUUGAAUGAAGGCCUUUUAUUUGUAUUCUGUAUAAUGUGAUUGUCCUUUUAUAUCUAUAUCUUCACCAAAACCUCCUGCGUUUCACACUCUGAGAUUGUAGGGUGGCUGGGAUUAUGUGUGUAUUUCGGAGACACUAGCACUAAAAGUUGUCCAGACUUUGCAACAAAACUUUGCAACUGUGUGUAGAACAGCAUCCAUUUUAUAUUCACUGUGAGUCAAAUCUGUUGUUGUCUCUGAGUUGCUCAGCCUAUUGAUUGUCCCUAACUUUGGUCACCAGGUCACAUGUUGAGUCAGUGUUGAGAAGAUUAGCUGGAGCUGGCUUUGCUACUAAUUAAAUACUUAAACCCCAGCAAUGAAUGAGCACACAGCACACAAAACCUCCUGUUUCACCACACCGUGUAAGCCGGUUUGCAAUAUGGAAGUUAUAUUACACUGUUGGAAUAAGUAUUCAAUACAUGUUUGAGUAAAGAUACAGUAGCAGUGCCACAAUGUUAAACUACUCUGUUAUUAGUAAAUCAGAAUUGGGUUUAUUGCUAAGUACAUUGUCACUUACCAGGAAUUUGCUUUGGUGAAUUGGUCCAUAACAUAAACAUAGUAAGAGAAAUUAAAAUUCUACAUAAAAAGGUAUUCAACUAAUAGAGAAAAAUCCAAUAAAAUACGAAAAAAUACUAAAGAACAUAUGUACACUACAUAUAAAUAUAGAAAAGAAAACACUAUAUGCCGUAUCACUUCAAUGUUGCAGCGUAUAACAUUGGGCUCGUUUUUAUUACGUAUUAUAUUGCUUCACCUAUGAUAAUACAUCAUACUUUAUAAGUUGAUGUAUAUUUUGUAAUGCUAUUUUAAAUAUGGAAGGUACCUUAAGUUAAAGUAUGAGUUAAAGUUACAAUAUUUGUCUGGAAAUGUGUUAGAUGUAUAAAGUAGGAAAUGGAAAUAGAAAUUAUUUUAAAAUGAGGUAACUCAUCCUCAGAGUACAAUUUGGCAUAGAUUUCUGACACUUCAUUGUAAACUUUUUUCUUUUCUUAAGUCCUCCCAAAACAGAUGAUAUUCAGAAUGCAAAUGAGUUAUUGUAGUUUUUGUAAUUGUAAAGUGUGCUUGUUAACACUUUAUCCAAACUAGGAGGGGCAUUGCGUCAAAUCAGUCAAAGUAAGGCAAUAUGUGACAGGAAGUUCUGCUUUCAUAAUAAAGGCUUGAAGUUUGUCAGUUAAAGAUUCUGCAGGGGGGUUAGAUGAAACUUAAGGAUAUAGGAACUGAUUUUAAAUUACAUAUUGUUUGCAUUUUAUGAUAUUUUUGUUAGUUGUCAUGAUCAUAUAUGACAUUACAUAGAUGUUUGUUUGUGUGAUGUUUUUCUUUGAAUUCAGUACCUGCGUUGAUAUUUGUUUUUGUUUGUUUUAUUAAACGCUGUCAAUGUAAGACAUUCUUAUUUGUUUAAGUAUGCAGCCAAAUUGCAUGGCUAAAAGUUAAUUCAAGUAAAAAGAAUAGGACCAGAACAUUUAAAACAGCAACACGACUCAUUUCGUAAAUGCAUAGCUAUAGAAUGAGCAUUGGUCUGAUGCCAUAUAUUGUGCCAUUGUGACAAUAAGUUCCCAAAUUUCAGUUUAAGAGUAAUCAGUAGUCAAUUUUAUGGGACUUAAUUUACCUUACUUCCAGAUGACAUUUAAAUAUUUCAGCACCAAAGAAGAAAAAAGUAGAAUCCCGAUUUUUUCGAAAUUCUGCAAAUUCAUGAAUAGCCUAUGCAAGUCAGUUUAUGCAGUACUGCCUGUCACUUUUCUAUACAUAUUUGAACGUAAACAUUUAUUAAAAUAGUAACUUGUAAACAGAAACUUCCAAAUUUCAUUCGAUAUUGUAUUGUUGUUUUGUCUUUAAACUUGAUGAGCUUAUCCACAAAUAAUUUGAACCGUUUUCUUUCAUUUAUCCAUUUCGAAUGUCUUUUGUUUUGUAGUAGGGGUGAUAUGUUUAUAAGGCUUCUUACCUCCUGCACAAUGUUUUACUUGUUUACUUAGACUCUUAGUGUUAUUUUAGUUUUUGUAUAUGCAAUCUAUGCAUGUGUUCAAAUAAACACAAACCAAAAACACUUUUUUGAACAGGAUAGAUAAUUGGCCCUGGGUAUCACCAUUAUGUACUACCCUGUCUUUUGUCUUUAUAGAAGUAGCUGGUAAAACUGCUGUUGCCUCCGUGUAAUAAUACAUUCCACCAGGUUUUAUUUCUGAAAGGCUGGACCGGAAGCGGGGUGCUUAAUAGCUACAGCUUGCUCGUUCGGUGCGGGAUGAGGGAGCGACAGCAGCCGGACGGAUUGACUGGAGGGGGAGGAGUCUGUCCCAGCCUGCAUCUGGCCCGCUCCCCUCUCUGUCACCCCGGGCCAAACCCGCCCAGCGUCCCUCACUCACUCUCCGCCUGUUCUCCCGCACGGCUCAGCUCGGACACAAGCAGGCAGCACUUACGCACAACACACGGAUACGCAAUGGAGACGGAAGGGAGCCAGAGCAGCUUGUCCAUCACGGACUCCCCCCACGACCCUUGCAAAAUGUUCAUAGGUGGACUCAGCUGGCAAACAACACAAGAGGGUUUGAAGGAGUACUUUUGCAAGUACGGCGAGGUGAAGGAGUGUAUGGUGAUGCGAGAUCCAGUUACUAAGCGCUCGAGAGGGUUUGGAUUCGUCACCUUUGUUGAUCAGGCCGGCGUGGAUAAAGUUUUGGCCCAAACCAGGCACGAGUUGGACUCAAAAACAAUCGACCCAAAGGUGGCUUUCCCUCGCAGAGCUCAGCCCAAGUUGGUGACUCGAACCAAGAAGAUCUUUGUGGGAGGCCUGUCCGUGAACACGACCAUCGAGGACGUGAAACAGUACUUCGACCAGUUUGGGAAGGUCGACGAUGCCAUGCUCAUGUUCGACAAGACCACCAACAGACACAGAGGGUUCGGAUUUGUGACGUUUGAAAACGAGGAUGUGGUGGAAAAAGUCUGCGAGAUCCACUUCCAUGAGAUCAACAACAAAAUGGUGGAGUGUAAGAAAGCUCAGCCCAAGGAGGUGAUGUCCCCCACGGGUUCGGCCAGGGGGCGCUCUCGUGUGAUGCCCUAUGGGAUGGACGCCUUCAUGCUGGGCAUCGGUAUGCUAGGUUAUCCAGGUUUCCAGACAGCCACUUACACCAGCCGAAGCUAUGCUGGCAUCACGCCUGGAUAUACCUUCCAGUAUCCGGAGUUCCACUUAGAGAGGACUCCCCUUCUGACUUCACCCCAUCCCCCUGAGCUCACAGCCAUUCCUCUGACAGCAUAUGGACCAAUGGCAGCAGCAGCGGCGGCAGCAGCAGUAGUUAGAGGCUCUACCCCGUCUCGUACAGCUGGAUUUUUAGGUACGAGCAGCCCAGGUCCGAUGGCCGACCUUUAUGGGAACGCUGGUCAGGAGUCGGCAGUCAGCAGUUACCUCAGCGCUGCAAGCCCCGCCCCCAGCACUGGAUUCAGCCAUGGUUUGGGGGGCCCUUUGAUCGCUACGGCAUUCACUAACGGCUAUCACUGAGACAGCUAGAGACAAAGAGCUGGUAGGAGUUAAGCUGCUCUGGAGCUGUCUCUGUCCCCCUGUCGGGUGGAGCAGCUGAACCUCCACCCUCCACCCCGGUGUCAGCCUGCUCACCCUGCUGACCCCUCACUAAACUCCACCUCCUGAGGAAGAAAAGAAAAAAAUGUUCAUUAAAGGAGUGAAAACUCACUUCAUGUAAUAGCAACACAUACAGAUGCUGUAUUUUUAGUCUUCUUGUUUUUUUCUGUUGUUAUGUUUCACCUGUUUUUUGUUGUUGUUGUUGUGGUGAUGGUUGUUUCUUUACCUGUUUUGGUUUUUUUUUGGGUUAUAUUUGAACCUGAUCUCUCUGAGAUAAGAGGAGAAAAAAAAAAUCUCCAGGAGCUGUAAUUGGUACUGGAAAAACUGUAUAUUGGUCAGUAGUUCAUACUGAAUUUUAACAAAACGUUUGUGAUUAAUACUAUUUCUUGAACAUGUGUCACAAAGUGUAUAUCUUGGUAGGUUUUUAACAAAGACUUGUUACACUAAUAAUGGUCAAAUGUCAUUAGUCGCAGUUACAUGAAUAGGCCAAAAUGAGCUGUACAAUUUUGUAAAAUAUUGUAAAUAUGACUCUGGUUUCUGGGGGGGGGCUCCGCUAAUGUUUGUUAUGUGGGAGGUGGGAGGUUUUUUGAAAAAUGAUAAUACGAUUGCUUUUUUCAUCAAAGCGUAUGUGUUGGAAAGCUUGACUGUUACGUAUCAUAGUUUCACAUGAAGGUCAAAAACAUGUCAGUAUGUUUGUCAAUGUUAAACCAGCCACAUACUGUCUUUCUCUCCGGGCAUUUUGUAAAGGAUGUGUCAUUUAAUCUGUGUUAAAACACCUUGAGUUCAGCAGGAGAGAGGCUGUGGCAACACUUUUACUUUUGGGGAUAAAUGCGUGUGAAAAUGCUCCUCUUUCAGAAGAGGAAAUUCAAACAUGCUGAUUUCUUACUUUGUCAUAUUGCUGUUUUAACUGUGAUUUUCAAUAUGUGAUGAUUGUUUGUGAAAGAAAAUGAAGGAGUAGUUUGCAGGAGCGGUCACUGUUAUGACUGCUCCGCUCUGCAGGUUGUGUUGAUGUUUGCGUGACAUAUGGUCUUAUACACAUUGGUUUCCAAUGUGCCAUGUGCUGUUUGAGUGGGGCGGAUGGUACCUCAGUUUCAAAUGUGAAAUUUUAAUCUGACUUUUUUUUUAUUAUUACAUUAACAUCAAGUGUGGAUGGUGCACCUUUUAGAGGUGGCUUUUCCAACAGGAAAGGGGGGGGUCUAAUUAACUGUUGUUUAGCCCCAAAUCCAUCACUGCAUAUCCACUGGAUGUCACAGACUGUAGCAAUGUGACAGCUUUUUUUUUUAGACCAAAACGAUUAUGUUCAGAGCUACUAGGACUUUGCACUGGCCGAUCACAAUAAAUGUGUUUACCUUCAAACGUUAGCGUAAGAACAAAGCACUCUCGAUCUACCAAGUACCAGGUUUAAUUUUGAUACACUCGCUCACACUGCUGCGGGCUACCAUGGUAGUUCAAACUUUGAUGCUGUUUUCACUGAAAAAUAACAAUCUUGUCAACACUGUAACAUUUUCUGAUUUUCUUUUUCCUGUCAUGUUUAUUUCUUUGAAAAAAAAAACUUUUUAAAAUUCCUAAUAAAUUAUUUUAAAACAUUC